AUGUUUCCAGGCUCAGCAAGACAUAAUUAUGGAGGCGGACAGCCACCGCAACAAAAUUGGGGUCCACCUCAGGGCCCUCCACCGGGACAAUACUAUCAAGCACCGAGCGGACCACCGCCACCACAACAACAGGGACAGUACUAUCAACCUCCACAGGGCCCUCCGCCGGGAAACUACGGUAGACCCAAUGGGCCACCGCGUUCAGAUCAAUAUCUGCAUCAACACAGAGGAGAAUACGAAAGGCCAACCCACCCACCGCCACCCCCUACACUGCAGCAACCGGGAUUCAACAAUGAGCCAGACUAUGGACACCAAUAUGGAUCGGGAAGCUAUUCUCGUCCUCCAACAAAUCAACAGUCGUUUGGUGUAAGCAAUUACAAUUACCAGUAUUCUGCGUGUAACGGACGCAAGAAGGCGUUGUUGGUUGGCAUAAACUAUAUCGGAACCAAAAAUGCAUUGCGCGGUUGUAUUAAUGAUGUCAACAACGUCGAGAGAUUUUUGUUGAACCACGGUUUUAAUGUUGAUGAUAUUGUCAAGUUGACUGAUGACCAACAAAUGGCAAGAGCUAUACCUACCAGACAAAAUAUUCUCGAUGCUGUCCAAUGGUUGGUCAAAGAUGCAAGACCUAAUGACUCGUUAUUCUUCCACUAUUCGGGCCAUGGUGGUCAGACUGAAGACCAACCGGACCAAUACGGAAACUAUGACGAAGACGAUGGAUAUGAUGAAGUUAUCUACCCCUUGGAUUUCGAAGUCAACGGGUUUAUUAUUGACGAUUUGUUGCAUGACAUGAUGGUCAAGACAUUACCUCCCGGUUGUCGUUUGACUGCAUUAUUUGACUCGUGCCACUCUGGAUCCGUGUUGGAUUUGCCUUACAUGUACUCCACCAAGGGAGUUUUGAAAGAGCCCAAUGUCAUGGCUGAAGCCGGUCAGGGCUUGUUACAAGCAGCAAUGUGCUAUGCACAAGGAGACAGAGUCGACAUGUUUAAAGGCUUGGCCUCGUCUGUAAAGACAUUUAUGAACAAGGGCAAAGCUGAAAAGGCAAAUGAGUAUAGCAAGCAGACCAAAACCGCUCCUUGUGACGCCAUCUCGUUUAGUGGUUGUAAGGAUGAUCAAACGAGCGCCGAUGCAAAGGAAGGCGGGCAAUCUACUGGUGCCAUGAGCUAUGCUUUCCUCACGGUGAUGAACCAAAACCCAAAUCAAUCGUACUUGAGUUUGUUGCAGAACAUGAGACAGAUAUUGCAAGCCAAGUACAGUCAAAAGCCCCAGUUGACUUCGUCCCAUCCAAUCGACUGUAACUUACAAUUUAUCUUCUAA